AAUCUAUAAAUUUACUCACUUUUUCUAUCUGAUGCACCGUUAUAUAAAUAUCAAGUUUUAGAUCUAUAAUAAAUAUCAGGUUACACUUUUUGCUUUAUUAUUGGUAGAUUUUUUUUAUUAAAUUUUUUGGCCGACUACUUUUAAAUUUACAAUUUUAAUCUUGGCCCCCAUGAUAAAACAUUUGGACACCCCUGCUGUAGAUAAUCUUACGAUUUAUUCCUGGUGAUCUGAUCCAGUUGGAAGAACGUUGGAACCGCUCCGAUCUAAAAUCUGAUUUUAGACGUGUUUAUUCACCAUUUUAAUAUUUUGCAUGUGAACCAAACAUAAUUCUGUCACUUUCAACAUCUUCAAGAAACUUACGAAUGUAAAUAAUUGAUUUUUCAGUAUUUCCUGAUUCCCGCCCGUCUUUCCUGGCUUUCUUAAUGGUGACGGUCCUGAUUGAGCCGCUUGGUUCUAAAUAUAACAGUGAGAUAAUUUGCCCUACUUGGUGUCUAAUUAUUGAAACUAAUUACAACAGUGAGGAGAUGGAGAUGAACAGACAGGGAGGCCGUCAGCCUUGAACACUGUAAUUAGCUGCUCCACAUUGUCGACACAUUUACCAACUGGAACUGUCCCAGUUUGGCUCUGGUGAUGGAGGUGAACCCAAUUAACCACUAAAACUAAUUAUGGAGGACAGAGCUGAAGGACGGUUCAGCUGCUGGUGUUUCAGAACCUUAAAGUCCAGUUUGGUAUCUGCUUCACCAUCAGCUGAUGAUUCUCACAGAACAGUAAACAAAAACCAUUUAGAGUUAAAUAUCUCUUCUCUUCAGAGACUUUAAACUCUCAGUGGCUUGACUUACAUUGGAAAAUGUUACACCAAGACCAAGAGGUUUCAUUAAAGAUGCAUAAAAAUCAUCUGUAAUCUACAAAUUCUGUGGACAAACUGGUCAUGCUUCAGCUUUUACCACCUUGAAGCAUGGAGUAAAGUCAAUACUGAAAAUAAAACAYGACAAAGGAACUACAGACACAAUAUAGCGUCAAAAAGAUGGUAGGAAAAAUGCUAAAAAGGACAGAACGACGAGGAAAAACAAAGAUUGAACUGCAGGGAAAUAAAAAAGGACAGAAGAGCAAAAACGAUACAAAGGAGGCAUCAACCAUCUGAACUAAACUGAAAAAUGUUCCAUUAAAUAUUUUAUAGAAUCUACAUAUUCCCAAUAAACACGUUGAGGUUGAAAAAGGCAUUAAAGCAACACAAACCCUACAAACAUCCAGCUGCUUUAAGAGCUUCAAAGUGACAGAAUAAAACAUGAAGGAUUCAUGAAACGAGACAUAAUGAGGCCUUUUAUCACUCAGCCGAUGCAGAACUCGGCUCAUUAUUUCCUGGAUUUUUCCUCUAUACCCUGCGGAUGGAUUGUCCUCCCAGCGACACCAGAACACAGAGAAUAAAAGAUAAAAUGUUUCACAUCAGACCCACAAACAGCCACUUCCCCUUCAUCUUCAAAGCAACACGUUCCUGCAGCGUCUGGAGGUAACCUUCAUCACCUGGUGGCUCCUGAAGGGCGCGCACGUGUGUUGGCGUCCUGCCAGCGUGGCAGGUGUGUGUGUGUGUGUGGAAGUGAGAGAGGGAGAAAGAGGCUGGGGGCGAACGAGAGAGAAAAAGAGAGAGAGAAAGAGAGGAGUGGGAGGAGAGCGGCGUCGCAGCGAGUGGAGCUGCAUUACUGCUGCUGCUGCAGCCGCAGGAGUGUGUGUGUGUGUGUGUGUGUGUGUGAGAGGCUGUGUGGCGUCGUCAUGGUUCUGAUCGGAGCCACCAUCAAAUCCGUCCUCAGAUUCCUCACCAGGACCACAGGUAGGAGACGCAGCGCUGAGGAUCAGAAACUGGCCGGGGACAGGGACAACAAAUGGUCCGUUCACUACAGUACCCAGAAGCCUCCACAGGGUCUGCGCUUCAUUCCUGGGAAACGGCGGUCGGGCAGCGCUGAUGACCUGCGAGCUUACAACGGGCUGACUCAGCAUGACUGCUUCAAGCACCGCCCACCAAGUCCCACCUUUGCUCCACUGUGCGGUCUGGACCAAUCAGAGGGCGGCGCUAACAGAGGCUGGCGGAGCAGAGGCAGAGCGAUGAGGUCCAGAGUCUUGGACUUUUUCUCUCAGUCUUGCUUUUCAGUUUGUUUCAAGUUUUCAUUUUGGAGGAGAAAGUCUUCAGCGUCUUCAGAUGAAGAUGAGAAGUUCUUCCUCCCCAACCCGCGACCCAUGACCCCACUGGUCCUGAAUCCCAUCAGUCUCUCGUCCUGCUGGGAUGAUGGAUUCGAAACGGAGCCUCUUCAGCGCCUUCCAACGCCGGAAGAGAAGAUGAGGCAGCAGGCGGAGGCCGUCGCAGCUGAUAUAGUUCCUAUCAACGUGACGGGUGAGAGUUUUGACCGACAGGCCAGUUUUCGAAGAACAAUCUCUAAUGGAGACUCGUUAAACCGAAGACCUAAUAAACUGAGCCGCCGUAAAACCGUUUCUGCAAUAUUGGACGAUGUCAUCCCCAAGCCCUCUGUUCCAGUGAAUCUACCUGGUCAGUACUCAACAGUGGGUCGACUUCCUUCCUCAUCCUCCUCCUCACAUCAGCAAAACAGCAUGGAGGAGGCCAUGGAGGAGAGUGAAAGAGACAGAAAGGAGGAACCGUCUACCUCCAGGAGAAUCAGAGCCCCAAAGGGUGAGGGCAUGUCCAGCCUCAUGGCCUCCCUGACCGCCUCACCAAAUGUUGGCAAGCAGCCCAACUCCUGUCACUCGUCUUCCUCUGAGAUCAACAGCCUCCCCCGUAUUCCCACCAACUCCUCUCUGAGUUCGGAAGUCAGCUUUAACAGCACCACCUACAGGACACUCAGUGCUUCCUCAUCUUACAGCCAGUCACAGGAUCAGCAAAGUUUCCCAAGUGAUUUCCAGCCAUUGUUGCCCUAUGACCCUAAUGCCAGAGUCAUACCCCAGUCUCCUUCUUCCUCGUCGUCUUGUUUUCCUUCUUCUCCUGUCAACUCCUGCAUCUCUGACACCCCCAGCCAAUUGCAAUCAGAGUGGUCUUAUCCCAGUGAUAGGCCUUUAAAUGACUGCUCUUCUCACUACCUCUCCUCUUCAAGCAUCGCUGAUUCUGUGUCUCAGUUUAGUUACCAGGCUCUGGCCGAUCAGACCAUGACCCAGCAAAAUGCCCAAAACUUCUCUGAUGGUGACUCCUGCAGUGGGGAAAGCUGGAGCUACAGGCCUCUUUCUCCUACCUCCAGCAUCCACAGCGGUAUCACCCAGGACACAAGAUGUGUCUCUGAAGAAGGCUGGAACUGUGAACCACUUCUUUCUUCUGGUCGCUCCACCCCUCUCUGUAUUGACAACACUUCCCUUUGUUCAGAGAAGAUGUCUUCAUCUCCCUUGCUGAACCGGGAGAAAAGGAAGUCCAGCACUUCAGCGUUCUACUCUCGCUCUAUGACACGCAGCAUCUCCCUACGCAAGUCCAAGCGCCCACCUCCCCCACCUCUGCGCUCCGACUCCUUGAGGCGCCGGCCAGGUCGCAGCAAGGCCUCGCGUUCAACAACAAGCCCACGUCCUGACCGGAGUCCUCGUGUGGAUCGCAGCACCUUGCACACACCUAAAUCAUCUCCUCAGACCUUCCCUGACCCCUGGGUACCCAGGAGCAAUGCAAAAAGACGUCAGAGUGGUCUGAACUGUGGGACAGUCACAACCUUCGAACCUUUAAGUCCAAACUCCCAGAAGGCAACUUCCACUCACUCCGACUCUUCCAGUGCCAACCCAGUGAGCCCCAAAUACUGCCAAGUGCUUAGCCCAGGAAAUCCAAGUUCAGAGGAUAAAGAUCUGAAACUCUCUCUCAACCAUCCACCUGACUCCUCUGUUGCUGGGCUUCAGCGCCUUGCCUCUCCAUCCAGUGGUUACUCCAGCCAGUCUAACACUCCCAGUCCUGGAACUCCAGUCUCUUCACCCCACAAUCCUUCCUCCCCUCUUACAGCAAGCCCAGGAGCAUUUUCCCUUCCUCCAACCUCCCCUUUCUUUACCUCAUGCUCUUCAACCUUACCAUUUUCCCCCACAGCCUCUUCCCUCCCCAGGACCAGGUCUCGAGGAAAAGGGAAGCCAAAGCCUCCAGUUCCACAGAGGAAGUCAUCACUUCUCUCUUCCUCAUUUUCCUCCUCCUCCUCUCUCUCCUCCUACACCUCAUCUGACUCUUUAGCCAGGCAAUCACUUCUCCCUCCUCCUCCUCCUCUUCCUCUUCCACAAUCUGCUCCCCCUGCUUCCAAGUUCUGCCUUCCAACUCCUGAUCUUCUUCCUCCUCCUCCUCCUCUUCCACAAUCCGCUCCCCCUGCUUCUAAGUUCUGCCUUACAACUCCUGAUCUACUUCCUCCUCCACCUCCUCUUCCUCCCCCUCCACUCCCACAGUCCACUUUUCCAGUCCCUGAGUUUUGCCUUCGUGCUCCUUGUCUUCCGCAUCCUCCUCCUCCACCACCACCACCUCCUCUUCCACAGUCUUCUCCUACAAUCCCUGGGUUCUGCCUCUCUGUCUCUCCAGCUUUCACUUCUACCCCUCCACCUCCUCUACAGUCUCCCUCUUCUUCUCCUCCUUCACCACUUACAACUCCUUCAAAGCCUGAAUUUUGCCUCCAUGUUCCUCCGUCUUUUACCAAGUCUCUUCCACUUCCCAACAGUCUCCCACCUUUAUCUCUACCUCCUCCUCCACUACCUAUCCCCACCCGGCCUCCUCCUCCUCCCUAUUCUUAUGCUGUGAGGCAGACCUCACAUCACUCUCUGGGCUCGUCUGUACCAUCCCAUUUUGAUCCAUCGCCACCCUGCCAACCUUCUCAACCAUCUUUUGAAUUAUCUGACAUAGUCGACUCCCCUCCUCCGCCAUCUUCUCCUCCAUCACCUGCUCUCUCUGAACCUUCCUUCUUUUCCUUUCUCCCAUCAAGUCCAAGCACAUCUCCAAGGCCCCACUCUCAUCUGAUCACCCCUCAAGCUUUGCAGUGUGUCAAACUCCGCUCSGUCAAAAACCAGGCAGUACAGCAAACCGAACAUGACCCAACUGACAGCCAACUUCACACUGAAGUUAGUGUGUUGCUAACUAACGGUAACCAGAUGGAAGAGACUCAACCAGACUUUGAUGUAUUAAAUGAGUCCUUUCUUGAUUGUCUCUCCAAUGCUGAUGCAGACGUGUCUCCACCUGGAGCAAAACAGGCUACCUGUAAUACAGCUGGCAAUGACACAUGUCCAUUAUUAGCCAACAGCAAUAGCCGAGUCAGUACUGAAGUAAAACAGACAGAACUGUAUUGCAAAGACCCAAUGAAAAGUGAGAGUGGGAUUUCCACUGCAGAGUCAGGUGAUGCGAAGCUUCAAAGACAACAAGGCAGCUCAGUAAGCGAGAAAGACCAGGACUUUAAGCUUAACAAAGAAAUCACACAAAAUGUCCAGGUCAAUGGGCAACAGAAUAAUGAUUCAGACAUGUGUCCCCCUGUGGCGAGUGUGAAUGUCUCCAGUCUUGACAGUCCAUGGGUAAAAAUGUGUCCUGAUGAUGAUGACACAUGUUGCAUGAAUAAUAAUAUCCAGAAUCCUCCAUUAGAGCAACCUUCCUCAGAAGCAGACUUUGCAAAGCAUAUAAAGAGAUUGAGAGAAAAGAAGACCAACGUAACAGAAAAGAUAAACGAAUAUGAAAGAAAUGAAAAUAAAUCAGAAAUACAGAAUAAGACUGAUGUGAAAAACAAUAAUAGGGAUGUUUGGUCAAGCAGUCCAAGGAAGCUGUACUCCCCAGAGAAACCUGUCCCCCCUAAGAAGCCUGAUCUUGGCAUUCUGGGUCCCUUGACAUCCCCAAAGCCUAGAAGAGGACCAGGAGGGCCAAGUAGCCCUGGGCGUAUCAUAGAGUCCUGCCCUAGACCUAACACUUCAGAUUUCUUUAACACACAGUCCCAUACAUUUAGCAACAUGCCAUCGCCAAAGCACUUGACAAACGCCUCUGGCAAUUCAGAAAUACCAGGAUGCUCGGUGAACUCAAGAAACUCACCUGCUAGUUCUCCUCAAAGGCAGAAGCCACAGAUUUUGCAAAAGAAGCCAGAUCCUUCGUUGACCUCUCCCAAAACAGUAAAACCAGCUUUUGCAUCCAAACACACUGGAGAGAAACUCAAAGGGACUUCAGCAACUGGUAAUACUUUAGAAACUCAGACCGCAAUGGAAACCAGAAGCACCUUAGAAACUAGAGCUGGUAAUACUUACAACAAAUCCUGCAGCUCAUCACAAAUGAUUGAUGUCUAUGAGACUCAUCACUCUUCAGGGUCCCCAUCAGUGGGGAUGGGUCCCUCAGGGGUCCGUAAAACUACUUCUACCUGGACAGAAGCAAUUCAGUCUGCGGUGGCUGAGCCUCGUUUUGGUAGGAUCAUUGGGACAAGGCAGCAGGAUGAGGAGAUAACCAACAACAAGAGGUUUAUGAAGUCCUCACUUGCUGAAGAUGAAGAUGAGGAAGAGGAAGGUAGAGUGGAAGACAAGGAGAGGAAGAAAACAGUCAUGAUGAUGAUGACGUCAUCCAACAAAAAAGGUAAAUCCAGGAGAGUGAGGAAGAGGCGGCCAGGCCGAAAGUUGUUGAUGAUGUCACCAAAAAUGGAGCCCUCUCCCUCAUCGUCAUCAUCGUCCUCCUCCUCUUCUUCAUCAUCUUCAUCAUCAUCAGAGGAUGACCCAGAUGUAAUAACAGAAAGGGUCGACAGGCGAAGGAAAUUCAAAGUUUGCAACCAAGAGACGAGUGACUCUGAAAGCUCGUACACUCUGAUUGGUCAGAGCAGGUUUUCCCUCAGCAGUUUGCUGUCAACUGAGAGCCUGCAGGGGGAGCUAUCACUGCCAGACCUCCUGAUCAAAGAACCAGAUGAAGAGGAGGAACCAGGAAAGGAAGAGCCCCAAAGUGAUGAGGCCAAGGAGGCUAGCAGGUCUUCAGAUGACGAUGUGUUUGUCAACGUUUCGGCGGAUCAGAUGUUGGUCUCCGGUCGUCCUCGAACUACAGAGGAUCUGUUCACCAUCAUCCACAGAUCGAAGCGAAAGAUGCUUGGAAGAAGAGACUUUGGAGAACUCCCUCUGUCCUACUCUUCAUCCUCCUCCUCUUCCCCUCCAGAGACUCCCACUAAACCCCGCCUGACCAGGGCAGCAGGGUUCAGGAACCCCAGGUCAGCCAGGAGUGAGAGUUUUAAGGCUCUCCUGCUGAAGAAGGGCAGUCGAGUCGAGGCGUCUUCCAGGAUCUCGGCAGUAGAGCGCCUUUGUGUCGGUCAGUUUCCACCUCCUGUUGAUCCUCAGAAGACGCCUCCUCCUCCCCUGACCUCUGACCCAUUGGAUGAUGGGAGGUCCAGCAGCUUUCUGACUGUGAACGCCCCUCCGUUAUCUCCCUGCGCGCUCUCCAUGAUGUUUGGCUGGAGGCGCCGGGAUCUGAUGCUGCUCACCUCUUCCUCACCCGUCCUCGUCUUCUCCUCCUCCCACAUGCAACCUCGCUCCCUCACUCCCCCUUGCUCCAGCAGCCGACGGUUCGCCGGACGCUGCCGCCUCUUCGCCGCCCCCAUGACCGCCAUCUUGGAAGGGGAAGAUGAGGAGGAAGAUGGGGAGAUUUUAGUUGGAAGAGAAUCCAGUCUGAGCAUGGUGGAGGCUUCUUAACCGACACGUUUACAGAUGAAAGCAGCUCUGAAAAGUGUGGAUCUACCUGGACUGAUUAGACUGAAGCCUCCCAUAUAAGCCUGGUUCCAGCCCUUAUGGGUCCCCUCAUGACCGUGGACUGAAUUCCUCCAGAACCCAAACUCUCAUUAGCCUUGUUUCAUCAACAUUUUUUUUAAGUAUUGCAUUAGAAACAGUUGACGUAAAAUUCUUAAUAACUUCCUCAAUAACACUCGCUUGUUGAGUUAAUGCUCUAAAGUGGAGAAGGAAAGAUCAGACGUAGUGAACACUCCCAUCCCCUGGUGGGUCUGUGCCUUACCAGAGGCACCAAACCAGAAAUAUUUUUAAAGUCCGCGCUAGCUAGCAACCUCAACUUUCUGAUUAUUACAGCCAUGCAUACAUCAACAUCUGACUAAAUUAAGCUUCAGCCUGGUUGAUGGAAACACAUCAAACUUGUAUUGUCUUUUUUGUGACAUUUAAAAGUUCACUCAAAAUAACUUAGUUAUAUUUGAAAGCUUAUCAGUAAAGCAGUGGCUAACUGAUAGUUAGCUUGCAGGGGCGCAAGUGCAAAAGCUUUGAAGUAUGACUACCAUUUUUCCUGAAUAAACUCAAAGCAAUACUCAUUUUACAAUUGUAACUUUGCCUCUUUACAGUUCUGGGAAUUUGAUGAAAAUGGUGAGAAACCCAGUUUCUUUUCGGAGCAUCUUCUUAGUCGGACUCUCCACUAGGAACUCUGUUUAAAUGUUGGACUUUAUCUGCCUGAUUUACUUUUUAAUAUUGUUUACAGUUUCCACUGAUUUUAGUUUUACUGCUGGAUGUUUAUCUUAUCUUGCGAUGAUGUCACACUUUUAAAUCCAGUUUUAUCUCCAGUUGUACAGUUCAUACAUGAGAUUAGAGGUUCACUAACAUUUCUCCUGAACUUUUCUUGUUUACAGUAUAAAAGUACAAAGCUGCACAAAGUCAACAUUAAUCUUUAAAUACCCAUAUUUACUAACCUGGAGUCAGUUAUAAAUCUAUUAUCUUUGAUUUUGAGGACAGCUAGCUGUAAAGUUUUUAUUUCUCUACACUAGGAGGCAUAAAUCAUGUACUAUGAAUGUUUUAGUCUUUUUUAUACAUCAUGUUUCUAACAGUUUCACUGAACUAUAUGGAAAUGAUUCCACUUUAACUUUGUUUGGAUUAGAAAAAAACAUAUUUUUAAGUGAGAUGCUGUAAUUCGUGUUUCUGGUUUGAUUUGGGUUUUUACAGGUUGAAAUAUUUCUAAACCUGCUUUCCUCUAUUAAGACGACCGAAAUGAAUGCGAUAAUAUUUGUUUUCUGUAAAUAACCUGUUUGGCUCUUUCUUAUCUUGUUUUCAUGUUUUUACCUGAUUUCGUAUUUGUAGCAUCUCAGUAAGUAAGAGUCUGUUUGACUCUCCAGAACUAGACAAAGUGGAAAAAAGACAUUUAAUGGCUAAAAGGAUGUGCUGCUGUUCAGUUUGGGGACUCGUUUGUUCCUUCAGUGUGAAUGUUAAAGCAGGUUGGAUGUAAUAAAUGUAAAAAACAGUUUAGAAAGGAAGGAAGCACUGUGAAGUAAAACAAAGAGAUGGGAACUGAAGGUGUCUAGAAAGAAGAGUUUAUAUGUAAGAAGACAUAUUACUGAAGCAAUAAAGAAAAAAACUCUG